AUGGCGGGCGACGCCAUUGGCCCGCAAAGCGCGGGCCUGUCCGAGGAGCCCUCCUCCGGCGGCCUGCGCCUGGGCAACACCCUCUGCUGGGAGGCGCCGAACAUCGCCGGCGCCCAGCUGUCCUUCGAGCGCUGCUGCCUGGGCUCCGAGGCCGACGAGGACGACUGCUUCCUCCCGCUCGGCGGCUGGUAUGGGCGGGACUUCUGCUGCCACGAGCCCGUGGAGGACGGCUGCGACUGGGACGGGGUGCUGUCGCGCAUGGCGUGGGCCGACCCGGGGAACCCGCAGACCGGAGCGCUGCGGGAGUACCCCGUGCUGCUGCGCGAGUUCUGCUGCCUCUUCCCCGGCGGCGAGGGUGGCGGCCCCCACGCCUGCUGGGGCGCGGACCCCGGCGUCGACGAGGGCACCUUGCCCGCCGGCUUCCUGCAGUGCUGCUUCCCGGUGCUCCAGCGGCGCCUCGGGAGCCCUUCGGGGGACCCCGCGUGGAUCCAGGCGGAGCUGGACCGCGAGUUCGAGCCCUUCAGGGGGCUGCGCUGGACUUAUCUCCCAGACCCCCGACCUGGACUCCUUCGAGGUUGCCGUCCUGGAGGUGCCGUGGGCUUCGGGGAACCGGCCGUGCCGCCUGAGGGUGCGCGGGGGCUACAGGGUGUCGCACUGUGA